UCUCUGGGGCGACAUGACCCAGCCUUCAUUCGGUUUCCAUAGCGUCCGCACUCCGGGGACCCGCCGCUUUAAUCUUUGCUGACGACACAGUAAAGUUGGCUGAAUCGCACGUAUUUGGUAGAAUCGGCGGCAUGAGACGCGAUUGCUGACAAGUCACCUGAAAAUAUCGAUUUGCUGUGAGGAACUGGGCCAGCUGCACCCAAAAGAAGGGCUUCGAGGACUACAAGUUGCGAAUAUACUGGAGAAAGAGCAAAAAAGUGGGCGAGAACUUGUAUGCAAAAGGAGAAAAAAAAAACACUUGAAAAAAUAGGCUUGGAAAGAAGGAUGGUGGCAAACGGUGCUGUUAGAAAUGCACGCUAUUGCGCCCAACACUAUUAAAACAACGAUAGGGUUGAAAUAAUUAGAGUAUCUGUCGAUAUCGCUGGAAUCUGAGCCGUUGACUGCUCCAGAAAAGCAUCAUUAAACCGGAGCAAUCAGAGCACUUGUCAAUACCACAUGUUUUGCAGUGUCCAUGCUGCUGUAGGGGUUCUCGCGUUGGAGUAACCGUCAGGUCUGUCAAUACUGCAAGCUUUGCACAACCUGUGGUGCUGAAAACCUGACCAAGCUGGUGUGUUUGGUGUCUUGUACUAUCCAAGGUGCUGCAUUACCGUUCCUAAAGAACUGAAUGUAGGUCGUGUGGGGAAAUACUGGGAACGCAGGAGUGACUCAUUCAAUGCAAUGUGAAUUGCAGUGCCCAAGGUGCAGAAGCGCUGCGUGAAAUAAUUUGCACAAGCUUCCGAAAUUCUGGUGAAAGCACAUUGGAGUACAAGGUCCGUAGUCUGUGGAUUGCUGUCCAAGGUGCUGAAACGCUUGACGACACUGUAGUCAUCUGAAAAUUUCUUGUGUAUGACACUGCUCAGGGUCCAGAAUUCUGAAAGGGAAACUAAACUAUUGGAAAUUCCGUUUUCACACCUGCCCUUUUUCGCCGGAGGUGUUAUGUUGACCUUCUAAGUAGUCGUCGUGUCCUCCACGAGACUGGAAAUAAAGCAAGGAUUCCGUUAAAGUCGGUUUUGAGUCUUGCUCAUAUUUUUAUGCAACAAAACAUAUUAGUGAUUAUUAUUUCCCCCCUUUCGUCGCACCCCAGCGCGAUGGCACUAUCUGCCUCUGCGAAGAGUCAAUCGAGAGAACAGCCAAAGACUUUUUAAUUCGACUCUGUGAGCGGCGUGUCAGGAGAUCCCAAUCGUCGCAUGCACGCGUGCUGCUAGAGCUCGUCUUUUGGAUCGACAAAAAUAGACGAUUCGGGUCAUUUUAAAGCUGCAGUAAAAGUUGUAUGGUUCUCGCUAUGUGCAAUUCCACUUUAACAUAAUAUGAUCCUCUAAUUAACGUAAAAAAAGAAUCAGCAGCAGAAUCUACUGGUAUGGAGUCCGUGAAGGAACGAAUUUUCGUCCAUGGCAAGGAGGGUCUGAAGAAUUUUGCAGGAAAAUCACUGGGGCAGCUUUACAGGGUUUUGGAAAAGAGACAAAAAACUGGGGAAGUCAUCGAACUGACGGAGGAUGGGAGACCCGUGGAUACCCCUCAGAAGAAGGCGCCCCUCUGCGACUGCACCUGCUUCGGUUUACCCCGCCGUUACAUCAUCGCCCUCAUGAGCGGGAUCGGCUUCUGCAUCUCGUUCGGAAUCCGAUGCAACUUGGGAGUGGCCAUAGUAGACAUGGUCAACAACAGCACCAUCCACCGAGCUGGGAAGAUCAUUGUAAAAGAGAAAGCAAAAUUUAAUUGGGACCCGGAGACUGUAGGAAUGAUUCAUGGUUCUUUUUUCUGGGGUUAUAUUAUCACUCAGAUCCCAGGAGGAUAUAUAUCAUCGCGACUGGCAGCAAACAGGGUUUUUGGUGCGGCCAUCUUGCUCACAUCUACCCUGAACAUGCUGAUUCCUUCUGCAGCACGUGUGCACUAUGGCUGUGUGAUAUUUGUCAGAAUUCUUCAAGGAUUAGUCGAGGGUGUCACCUACCCUGCCUGUCACGGCAUCUGGAGCAAAUGGGCCCCUCCUCUAGAAAGAAGCAGACUGGCCACAACUUCCUUCUGUGGUUCUUAUGCUGGUGCUGUCAUAGCCAUGCCUUUGGCCGGGAUCUUGGUGCAAUAUUCUGGGUGGUCUUCAGUUUUCUAUGUUUAUGGAUGCUUCGGAAUUUUCUGGUAUAUGUUCUGGAUUCUGGUGUCCUAUGAGAGUCCAGCUGUGCACCCUACAAUUUCAGAAGAGGAAAGGCGCUAUAUAGAAGAGAGUAUCGGAGAAAGUGCCAGCCUUGUCAGUGCUUCAGAGAAAUUCAAAACACCAUGGAGAAAAUUCUUUACCUCAAUGCCGGUCUAUGCAAUCAUUGUUGCCAACUUCUGUCGAAGCUGGACUUUCUACUUGCUGCUAAUCAGCCAGCCAGCCUACUUUGAAGAGGUUUUCGGGUUUGAAAUAAGCAAAGUAGGGAUGCUGUCUGCUGUGCCACAUCUAGUUAUGACCAUAAUUGUACCCAUUGGGGGACAGAUUGCAGACUUCCUCCGGAGCAAAAAGAUUCUUUCAACAACUGCUGUCAGGAAAAUCAUGAAUUGUGGAGGAUUUGGCAUGGAAGCAACUCUGCUGCUGGUGGUUGGCUAUUCUCAUAGUAAAGGAGUAGCCAUUUCAUUCCUUGUUCUUGCUGUAGGUUUCAGUGGAUUUGCCAUAUCAGGUUUUAAUGUCAACCACCUGGACAUCGCACCUCGAUAUGCCAGCAUCCUGAUGGGCAUUUCCAAUGGUGUUGGGACAUUGUCUGGGAUGGUAUGUCCAUUGAUUGUAGGAGCGAUGACAAAGCACAAGACUCGUGAAGAGUGGCAAUAUGUCUUCCUAAUUGCCGCACUGGUCCACUACGGGGGAGUGAUAUUCUAUGGUUUAUUUGCCUCCGGAGAAAAACAAGCCUGGGCGGACCCUGAGCUGACAAGCGAUGAGAAGUGUGGCUUCAUUCAUGAGGAUGAGUUGGAGCAAGAGACAGGAGACAUUACUCAGGGCUACAGUGCCUUUGGGCCGGCCAAGACCUACGGUGCCACAACGCAGUUGGAUAGCAGCUGGCCCAACGGAUGGGAGAAAAGGGAGGAGUACGUGCAGGAGGAAGGACAAGAUAUGUACCACUAUAAGCAAACGGAGGACUAUUCAUAACAUAAAGUUACAUUCUAGAUAUAUUUUGUAGUGUUUGUGUUGAAAUUCCAUUGUGGUUGUUUGCACAAAAAUAUAUUAAGUUUUAAAACAAGCAAAAAGUGGUGUAAAAAGUUGUAAAACAUAUCAAAUAUGGCAGGUUGUAAUGUAUAAAUGAAUAUUUAUUUCAAAUAGUGCAAUCUGUAUAAAGUAGUGCAUUAUUGCCUCCAUCCUGGCCUACCCAUGAUACAAAAUUUAAGAACAGUGUAUGUUGUAAUGACCAAAACUAUAUAUGGCAAAAACGAUACUCGCUCUCACAAUAUUUGCCAGUGUCGUAGCAACACAUUUUAGUGCCAUAUGGAGAAGAGAAACCAUUAACCCUUUAGUUCAAGGGUUGCAAGGUAUAUUUAUAAAGUAUUUAUAUUCUGAAAAAUGUAAAUAAAUUAUGAACAGUAUGUUAAUAGGCUUUUAGUAGACAACAUUAAUAGAAUGCUAAUAAAAUGUGUGAAUUUUGUUCACUUAUAGGCACUUUCUUAUUGCAUGACCAAUGCUUUAUAUACAUAUAUACAGUAUAUAUAUAUAUAUAUGUAUAUAUAUAGAGAGAGAGAGAGAGAGAUAAAUAAAUUAUAUAUAUAUAUAUAUUUAAUUGAUAUAUUUAAAUAUAUAUAUAAACUUAGUUAUGCUUAGGUAACAUACUGUAAAGCAGCCCUUAAACUAAAGUGUCGCAGCAAAACCAACAUUUCUAUUGCAAUAUUAGGUGCAAUUGCUCCCCAUGUCUGGAGACAAAAAUCUUUUUCAACAAGUUUGCUUUAUUUGGGGAUGUUAAUUCAACUGAACUCAAUGUCAGUGGGUUUUUUUUUUAUUUUUUUUAACAGUUUUGGUGGGAUAGGAAUUAGCUUGUCUUACAGCAGGAGACCAUAUUUCAAAUUACGCAGCUGCAAUUAUAGGGACUGUGUUGCAACACCAGUUCUGAAAGUUGAGUGUUUCAAUGAAAUGAAGAGAAUUUAGUAAUUUAUUUAGUAAUUAAGUAUUUUUUUAGUUUCUUUAUUUAUUUACUUACUUAAUUAUUUUUUAUAGAUGGGAGCCAAUGCAUUUUAAAAUGUGAACUGCACGCAGGUAAAUACUGAAAUAAUCUAUUGGAUUAUUUCUGGGUUUAAAGCACAGUCUGCAAUUUUUAUAAUGAUCGUGUUUAGCAGCUACUCUUAAAAACGUGUCUGAGGACCGUUUGUUUUUUAAGCAGAUAAUAACACAGAGCUCAGACUCUCGUGGAAAUACAUGGGUCAACAUUCAUUUGAGCCAAGGGGUUUGAAACGCCAGUUUGCACAAAAAAACCAAAGGUAACAUCUAGCAUAGGAUUGUAGAAGGUUCAUCGUUAAUAAAAUUCACUUGAGCUUCUCUCUGUCUGUUUCCAUCUUUCUAAUAUUGCAGCAGUCGGUGUACAAAGCAAUAAACCCAUUCAGAAAAAAAAAAGAAAAAAAUAAAGAAAUUUGUGUCAUCCACUCUUCGAGAACAUGCGUAACACAAAUGUAGCUUGUUGUACUUGUUCUUUUGGGAUUGUGUAAAAUGUAAUGGAAGCCUUGAAUGAGUCAGCUGCCUCGGCCGAUGUCCACAGAGCUCCAAGUGUGGUCAGUGCCCUAUAAGAAUUCAUUCACAACAACCAUGUUAUUGUUCUUUAUGUUCUAAGUGAAUUUUUGAAAGGGUGUUUCCUUUUUAUUUUGGAAUGUAUUGUGUUAGUGGUUGGAGUCUCGACUCCUUUCUCCCAUAAUCUGCAAUAUGGUAAUGAUUGAGGAUUAAAAAAAAUGUUUUCUGCUCAACUCUAGACUCCAUCUUUGCUCAAAAGUGAUGUGACGUGAAGUUUCCUUGCCUUUUUAGCUGUGUUUAAUGGGGAGGUGUGGAUUGUGUCACAUUUGUUGCUGUCAAAAAGUGUUAUUAAAAGGUUCUGUCUUACAUUUUUCUAUAAAAAAGAAAAAAAGAAAAAGAAAAAACAAAAAAUGUAAAAUUAAA